UGGGGCUGUGCUCUUCCUUGUCACACCAGUGAGUGCCAGAGGAGGAGAGCACAACCCCAGAGCCCAGAAGAGGACAGACCUAGAAAGGAGGUGAAAUUCCUUUCCCUCAGAGGCUCUCUCCAGAGAAAAUGACCAAAAAGAGGAUUGCCGUGAUUGGAGCAGGUGUGAGUGGGCUCAGCUCUAUUAAAUGUUGCCUGGAAGAAGAUCUAGAACCAGUCUGCUUUGAGAGGACCGAUGACAUUGGAGGACUCUGGAGGUUUCAGGAAAAUCCAGAAGAAGGGAGGGCCAGUAUUUACAAAUCGCUGAUCAUCAACACCUCCAAGGAAAUGAUGUGUUUCAGUGACUAUCCCAUCCCCGAUGACUUUCCUAACUUCAUGCACAACUCUCAAAUCAUGGAUUACUACAGGAUGUAUGCCAGAGAAUUUAAUCUCUUAAAGUAUAUUCGUUUCAAGACUACCGUAUGCAGUGUGAAGAAGCGACCUGAUUUUCCCACUUCAGGACAGUGGGACAUAGUCACUGAAUCUAAUGGGAAGCAGGAAGUGAAUGUCUUUGAUGGAGUCAUGGUUUGCACUGGUCAUCACACCAAUGCUCAUCUGCCCCUGGAGAGCUUCCCUGGGAUAGAGAAGUUCAAAGGUCAAUACUUCCACAGCCGGGACUAUAAAGACCCACAGAGAUUUACUGGAAAGCGAGUCAUUGUGAUUGGUAUCGGGAAUUCUGGAGGAGAUCUCGCUGUGGAGAUCAGCCACACAGCCAAACAGGUCUUCCUCAGCACUAGGAGAGGUGCAUGGAUACUAAAUCGUGUGGGAGAUAAUGGAUAUCCUUUUGAUGUUCUCAUUAAUUCCCGAUUUAUAAAUUCUAUCGCACAGUUCUUAAGUCUAUCUGCAAAGUGUUCAUUUAUGGAAAAAAGGAUGAACGCAAGAUUUGACCAUGAAAUGUAUGGCCUGAAGCCUAUGCACAGAGCUCUGAGCCAGCACCCAACAGUCAAUGAUGAUCUGCCCAACAGAAUUAUUUCUGGCCGAGUGCAAAUCAAGGGAAAUGUAAAGGAAUUCACAGAGACAGCCGCCAUCUUUGAAGAUGGCACAAGAGAGGAUAACAUUGAUGCUGUCAUCUUUGCUACAGGCUAUAGCUUUGACUUCCCCUUCCUUGAAGAGUCUGUCAGAGUGGUCAAGAAUAAGAUUUCCCUGUAUAAGAGGGUAUUCCCUCCUGACCUGGAGAAACCAACACUUGCUAUCAUUGGCCUGAUCCAGCCACUUGGAGCUAUCAUGCCCAUUUCAGAACUCCAGGGCCGCUGGGCCACACAGGUAUUUAAGGGACUAAAGACCUUGCCUUUGAAAAGUGAAAUGAUGGAAGAAAUCACUAAAACUAAAGAAGAAAUGGCCAAAAGAUACGUGGAGAGCCCCCGCCACACCAUCCAGACAGACUACAUGGAAUGUAUGGAGGACCUUGCUGAGUUGGUGGGGGUGAGGCCCAACCUGCUGCCCCUCAUCUUCACUGAUCCCAAACUGGCAUUUCAUUUGUUCUUUGGACCGUGUACCCCGAUCCAGUAUCGUCUGCAGGGCCGGGGGAAGUGGGAUGGAGCCCGAAAGGCCAUCCUUACAGUUACUGACCGUAUCAAGAAGCCAAUGAAGACAAGAGUGGUGGGGAAAAAUAGCCAUGGCUCCUCGACAAUGAUGGUGGUUGGCAAAUGGAUGCUGGCUAUAGUCUUCAUUUCCAUUAUCUUAGCUUAUUUUUAGCUCUGGAGGUCACUGCUACAGCUUUAAUGGGGCAGCUAGAUCCCAAGGUGCUUUCAGAAUAACAAAAGAGACCUUGUGGAGCUCCUCUCCACUCUUCAACUCAGGGCUUUCCCUUCCAAUUGCUUCCACAACCGUUGCCCCUGUUGUUCCCCUCUCCCCCAUUUUCAUUGGUUCAGUUCUCUUUCUCUUUUUGCUUACCCGAUUCUGAGUUUGACCCAAAGCUCUGGGGCAGAGCCCCUAAACCCACUUGGGCUGAGACAGUACUGUCACAAUGUUAGUGGAGCUCAACUGAAGUGAUUUGUCCAUAAUACAGUCAGUAAUUGUCCGAGAGGACAGUGAGGUGGCAUGGUGGAUAGAGCACCAGGCCUAGAGUCAGGAAGACUCAUCUUUGUGAGUUCAAAUUCAACCUCAGACACUUACUAGCUAUGUCACCCUGGGCAAGUCACUACACCCUGUUUGUCUCAGUUUCCUCAUCUAUAAAAUGAGCUGGAGAAGGAAAUGGCAAAUUUCCAAGAAUACCUCAGAUGGGGUCAUGGAGUGUUGGACACAAUUGAAACAACAGAACAACAAAACA